AUGUCCAUUUCCAUGAGAUGUUUUUGCUUUACCAGAAGCAGAUCAAAAGUUAAGCACCAACAAUCUUCCAUACUUGCUUCGGAGACAUCAUUUACUGUAAAUGAGGUUGAGGCUUUAUUUGACUUGUUUAAGAAACUAAGCAGUUCAAUUUUUGAUGAUGGCUGCAUUCACAAGGAGGAGUUUCAACUUGCACUUUUUAGAAAUAGUAGCAAGCAGAAUCUACUUGCAAGCAGGGUAUUUGAUAUGUUUGAUAUUAAGCAUAAUGGAGUUAUCGAAUUUGGAGAAUUCGUUCGCUCACUAAGCAUUUUUCAUCCAAGGGCAUCCGAAGACAAGAAAAUUGAAUUCGCGUUUAAAUUGUUUGAUCUUAGAAAGACCGGAUACAUUGAACAUAGUGAGUUGAAGAAGAUGGUGUUGGCUACUUUGAAUGAAUCAGAAGUUACCGUCUCAGAUGAUAUUGUUGAAUCUAUCCUGGAAAAGACAAUGACGGAGGUUGAUUCAAAAGGAGACGGGAGGAUUGAUAUGGAAGAGUGGAAAGAAUACGCGACAAAAAAUCCUUCUCUUCUUAAGAUCAUGACUCUGCCAUAUCUAAAGGAUAUAACUAUGGCAUUUCCAAGCUUUGUUUUGCACACUGAAGUGGAAGACUAG